AUGUUCUGGAAAUCAUCCUGUGAGAAAGCGCCGGCUUGGACAAGGCCCACAAUGCACAGCUCAAUGAUGGAUCUCCUCAAACUUCAAUCCAGAUAUGGAUUCCCUCGAGUCCUGAAGGAAGCACCCGGACUAGCGCGCUAUGGUGGCAAAACAAUGGCUGAAGUCCUGCCCCGCUACCGUUUCGGCUGGCUCAUGACUUUCACCGAGCUCUACGACGCUGCACCGGAAGAGUUGCGCCUGAAGGACAGAUACGCACAGGCAUGGGCCAUCAACCAGAUAAUCGAGUGCUGCAAGUCCAAGGACGAGGAAGAAAUCGGCGCCUACGCUCUUAUGGGCAAGUUUCUUGGUCUGAUAUGCGUUCACUUCACCGACAAUAUGACGGAGGAGAGUAUGGCGAAAGCAGAGGACGACGAGCUGAUGGCCGCCUUGAUGAAGAUAUUCAAGACGAGGAAGGAGGAUGCUGUGUGGUUUAUGUCUGACUAUCGGUUAAUGUAG